AUGUCAGAAGACCAACUUGGCCAAGAGAGCUUAUUUUGGGAUGUCGACUGGGAGUUUCCAAAUUCAUCAAACGGCGGCCAAAAGCCCGCCGGAAAUUCCGACCUCCGGCUGGUGGCGCCGCCUCCCGCCCCCAACACCAGCAAGGGAAAGAAGCGAAAAGCCGCCGGAAAGGGAUCGGACGGCCAGGAUCGAGGGGAAGAAGGGAAAAUCGGCAGUGGAGAUAAAUCGGACGAUCACGAGCUACACAUAUGGACCGAAAGGGAGAGGAGGAAGAAGAUGAGAAGCAUGUUUGAGAAUCUUCAUGCUUUGUUACCUCACCUUGCCCCAAAGGCUGACAAAUCCACCAUUGUUGAUGAGGCAGUAAGCUACAUCAAGAAACUUGAACACACUCUCCACACACUCCAAAAGCAAAAGCUACAAAAACUCCAUGGAAUAUUAAUCACCACCAACACGACAAACUACGAAAACCCGCUAACCAUCGCGCAACAAAACCUCGCGAACUUAUCAAGAGAGGCAUUCUUAGCCGAGCAAUUAUCCGGGUCCACGGCUAGCAACCCGAACCCGCUAAUUUCGAACUCGAACUACGAAAUCCCUGCGAUUUUCAAAACGUGGACUUCCCCUAACGUGAUCCUUAACGUGUGCGGAAAGGAAGCUCAAAUGAGCAUAUGUAGCUUAAAAAAAUCGGGCUUGCUCGCCAAAAUAUGCUUCGUGAUGGACAAGAACAAGUUGGAAGUGGUCUCGGCACAUGUCUCGACCGACUGCUACCGAUGCAUGUACAUGAUUCAUGCUCGAUUGGCAAGUGGAUGUUCAGAGCAGUAUCAACAGGCAUUUGGAGUGGAAGAAAUGUACAAGCAAGCAGCAGCAGAAAUUAUGUUGUGGGUUAAUUCCUAA